UAGGAGCGUGACCAAUGCAAAGCCUUGAAAUAUUCCGAUCCACAAACGACGCCGUAUUACCCCAAAUUCCCAACCCAGCCACAAGCAGACUAUAUAAAUAGCCCCAAAUUACAACACUUAAAAUGUCCAUUUCAUUUAAUUACAUAAAAAAAAGAGAAAAAAAAUCCCAUCAAAUUAAAAAACAAAACAAAAAUCAUGCAAUUUGCUGUAGCGCCACCAAGCCCGUCGAUGUUCGCGCCGUCGCCGAGGCCAUUGUCUCCGGUUUUCUGCAAGUGCGCCACCUCCCCUCCGCCGCCGCCGGCGCUGUCUCCUUCGCCACCGGCUUUCCCGCUCCAACAUGUGCGGAAGCCGCCAGAGGCUGUAGAGUCUCCGAAGGAGUCGUCGAUGUUGAAGAGGAAAAGGUCGCUGUUGGGGCUUGAUUCGAUGAGGAUUGACAUUACGCGGCCGAUCUUAGGGUUUGAGAGCUGGGGGGCGGCGCCGGAGAUUGAUAGUUGGCGGGAGGUGGAGUCUGAGCGGGAUGGUUAUUCGGUGUGUUGUAAGAAGGGGAAAAGGGCCGGCGUCAUGGAGGAUCGCUACGCCGCCGUUGUAGGUCUUCAAGGGGAUUCCAAGCAGGCUUUCUUUGGUGUAUUUGACGGUCAUGGGGGCAUUCAAGCUGCAGAAUUUGCGGCAGAGCAUUUACAUAAGAAUGUUAUGAAAGUAGUGACUGAAAAAGGUGAAGAAAUCGAGAGGGCGGUCAAGGAGGGGUACCUCACCACAGAUGCCGAGUUUCUCAAGAAAGAUAUCGGUAGUGGGACUUGUGCUGUGACUGCAUUCAUCCACGAAGGGCAUCUUGUGGUCUCGAAUGCCGGGGAUUGUCGAGCGGUCUUGAGCCGGGGAGGUGUUGCCGAGGCCCUCACAGUCGAUCACCGAGCCUCGCUGCUUGAAGAAAGACAAAGGAUUCAGAGUCUGGGUGGUUUUUUAUUCUAUGCACAUGGAGUUUGGAGGGUAAAUGGUUCUCUUGCUGUGUCCAGAGCAAUUGGAGAUAGGGAUCAUAAAGAAUCGGUUAUAGCUGAUCCCGAAACCAAAGUGCUUGAAAUUAGUCCGGAAUGCGAGUUUUUGAUCCUGGCCUCUGAUGGCUUGUGGGAUAGUGUAGGCAAUCAGGAAGCCGUAGAUUUAGUCCGAUCUCUAUGUGUUGGCGUGGACAAGCAGGAACCUUUAUCCGCUUGCAAGAAGCUCGUUGAUUUAUCUCUAAAAAGAGGGUGUCUUGAUGAUGUAAGCGUGAUGGUGGUUCAACUAACCCGAUUCCUGCAGUGACUGGCUUGAGAGAUUUAAUUGGAAACGUGCUGCAGUCUCGAGGUUUGAUAGUCCGGUGAUGCUUUUUGAUGUUGGGCGGACAUCAAAAGCUGAAGUAUAUUUCUAUGCAUAAUUAGUGUAGCAGAGUUUAACUAUAUAUAUGCAAGGCAGAUAUUAGUUUCAAUUUUUGUUUAGUGCUUUUUUAGACUGACAUUGAUAGGUUUAAAUAUAGCCUUAUAUUGUUCCAAAUUUUCUUACAUAACAGGCUCUGCCUAACUUUAGUCGACUGCGUAAGUGGAGCUUUGUAGUGUAGAAAGUUCGAAAGUGAAUAAAAUCACCUCUGUUAGCCGUUUGUCCAUAUUCGACUGCUUUUGUCAUUAUCAAUCUUUAUUAAAUCUGGU